CUUGACGGUUUCAAGUAAAAUUUUCGUUUCUAGUUCCUUUUUGCUUUAUCAAUUUUCAUAUGUUUUAAGUAAUUUAUUUACACGCGAUGAAACAUGAACUUAACAGGAAGGAAGAUGUUUCAUUCGUUCGAUGACCUUGGGGCUCCUCCGGUCUCAGGUGUCAUUACGCUCAUGCACCGCCAUCCGGUCCCUCCCGGCCUGCCAGCUUAAUACCGGUCAGUUGGUAAGUAAUACUUUUCAUUUCUUAUUUUAACAUCGAACUACGUAGAUGGUACCAAAUACCGGCCUGGUGAGAAGUGCAGAGAUUGUUAUAUACUUGAUUUAACGGUGACUUAUUUGCAUUCUCAGUUGUGAUACAACUUGCGACUGGUGGUCUGAGGUAACCUUUGGAUCUUAUUGAGUUCGAUUUCCUAAAAUCACAUGACGUGACUUUCCAUUCCAAAAAAGCGCUGAUAUAGCUUGUCACCCCGUCAUAAUUUUAAAAGCUCAAAAAGGAGAGUCAAAUGUUUGCACAACCCUAUAUCGAUGUGAUGUGGUUCAAUUAUAUCCUUGGUUUUUGUUUUUCCUUUGUUCUAGGCACAGGUAGCCCGAGCUUACUAUAGGAAAAUGUUGUCGUAUGAAUAAUUAAUUAGCUAAGUAGGAUAAUGUUCAGGGCUUUCAUAGUGAGCUUGGGCUACCUGUAUUCUGGGGCUUGGAAAACUUUAAAACAGCAAAGAAAUCGAACCGCAACAUUGCCAAUAAACCAAAAUGUUCACAUGAUAAAGUUGUAAACAUAAACCAAAUAGUUAGUGUACAGGCCAUCUGCCUCAGAGUUGAUUCAUGUGCUGUGCAUGAUUUGGCGGGAGUUAAGGUGUCCUUGAGUUUCCUGAGGUUUGACCUUGGCCAUGCCAAAGCAAAAGGCAAGAACCUUUGCUAACGUUUUCUCUUUCUUCUCUUGCGCAUAAACUGGAACAGGUGCAACACCCAUGGGAGGUACUCCAGACUUCAAGUGACAGGGAUGAUCAAAGGAUUUUUUUCGGCUUGUAAUUUUUGAUUCCAGGAUUUUUUUUUUUUUUUUUUUUUUUUUUUUAGGAAAAUUAGGUAACUAUUUUUUUGGUGGCUUGGUUUAAGUAGGGACUUUUUUGGGGGAUUCAAAACAAUCUAAAGAUUACAGCUUAACUGACAGAUGACCAAUAACAUUGCAACAUAAUUGACCAGUCAGGUCAAUAACCAGAGUAUAAUACCAUCAACUGAUGUGAUAUGUACAACCCCCUUUGACUCUGAAGAUGACUACCAUACAGGUUGUCGAAACGUCAGUCACUGUCAACAACAACAGUCCUAUUCAAGGCUACGUUCACCCGGAUGAUCAAACUCAACCUACUUUUGAAAUGACUCGUGGGUUCAAACCUUUCACAAAUCUAAAUAUGGUUGGUAGUGCCCGUGUAUCCCAGCCACAAACACAAAUUUCGGGUUUUGAUUUUUGCAACCAUUUGAUCAUCCCUAUUAUGUGAAAUCCAGAAUACCCCCUUGAGGUGCAAGGCUUUGCUCUUUAAAGUGAAAUAUUAUUGAAGGGUGCCCAGCACUUGAUUUGUAUUGAAUAAAACAAGAUUUUCUAGUCACCCAAGAGCAAUAGCCUGGAAGUUAUCAACAUACUGCAGUUAGUAGUAAAUGUAGUUUUUUUUGUUGUUUAUUGCAAGGUUCGCUGUAUGCACAUGAACUUACAGCUGUACAUAUAGUCCUUGAUAAGGACUACCUGUUAAAGUUUCUUUGAUGGCAGCAGCAAAACAGAAAGUAAGGGUGAUAGCUGUUGAAGACUUUGAUCCAUUCCAGCAUGACAACAGCAUCUUAACGUAUGAGCUUGUAAAAGAUGCCCCAAAGCGAGAGGCCCAGUUAUCUUUUCACAAGGGACAGUGCUUUGAGAUUCUCACCAAGAAUGUAAAAAGCUGGUGGUUAUAUGUGAGAUGUACCACAAGUGGCAGUGAAGAAGGAUUUAUACCAAGCACUUUUGUUGUUCCAUUAAAGGAAGAUCUGGGUGGUGAUAGGUUUGUGCUUGUAAAGAUUUGCUUUUUUACUUUUUUAGUCGGUUGCACAUGUUAAAGACACUGAAUACUGUUCUUAAAUUUUAGGCUCAAUCAUCUUAUGGAUUGUGGUGAAGUAUUACAAACAAUGGUUAAUAGACAGCUUGAUUUAAAGUUUUUCCCAAAAGUAGCAACACUGACAACACCUAAUGAAAUGACUGAGUCUACCAAGGUAAGAAAAAUACGUCAUUGGUCUUAAAGCAUUGAUGUAUUUUUUAUUGAAAAUUCCUAUUUCUUUUCUCCUGUAGAAACCAUGUCCUGAAAAAGGAGCCAAUUUCUUUUCAAGAUUGACAUUUUGGUGGCUAAAUAGGUAAAUGCUAUUGGAAUAUUUUAAACCUGAUAAUUUUUAUUUCCUUUGUACUCCAAAUCUCCUAAUCUUAUCUCAGACUCAGAAAGUGCAGAAUCACGCUGUGGUCAAGGUGCAAAAUAGACUUCUUCUUCUUUCCAUUUUGCUUUGUUCAUUCCUUUUACUGUGUAUUCCAUUUAUAAUGUGGGUCUCUGUAAUGUGCAUAAAUAAGCACUGGCGGCAUAUUACUAAAGUUGACAGCGUUAAUAUUCAGUCCUGUUCAUGAGAGGAGUUUAUUCUUCCCUUGGAGAAAAACUUAGAUUUCUCUUUUACUUUAACAGAUCAUUUUAUCCUCAACAGUUACAUCUUCUAACUAUAGGUAGGUAAGAAAAAGGAACCUGUAUUCCCAAUGGCAGCUCACUUAGUAUGUGUUUGUUGAUACUUUACAGACUGAUUAUAACUGGCUACAGGAGAGCUCUCCAGGAAGAUGACUUGUGGUUAUUGGAUGAGAGAAGUCAGUCGCAUCAUGUUGUACCUAGACUUCACAAAGAGUGGGACCAAGAAUUGAGAAAAUCCUGCAGGUAUGUAUGUACAUGUAGAUGGGGCAAAUAAUGACCGAGGAACUGUACUGUGAGAUCCUAGUGAUGGACUGAAGAUUUCUAGGGUGGGUAAUAUGGAUGGUUUAGUUUCUGUGUUUUUUGCAUCAGUAGGAGAGUGAAUUAAGAAAGACAAUGAUUUUGUUUUACCAAAUGAGUUGAUAGCUGGUUAGAAUAGACACUGUUUGGGAAAUAUUAUUAAGAAGCUGAUGUCUCAGGCAGUAGAUGUUGGUGUGAUGUUAUUGGUGAUAACGUUGAAAACAAGAAUAUAUACUGUAAGUUCAGUAAUGUUUCUGUUAUUCAUUUUACCGUGUUCUCAUCAAUAACACAGCUCCAACAACUGAUAUAUAAAGCACACACAACCUACAAAGACAAAAACAUAACAGUUUACAAGGAAGGAUAUAUUUUACUCUGAAUGCCUGGUGUGAUCCAUUCAGUUUGAAAAUGUCUAGUUAAGUUUACCGCCUGUUAAUGUUUACUGUUACCGUUUACUCUUUAGAAAAAGCAUACUUCAUGGUCAUAUGGUUGAACAGGACACAGAACGAGUUUGUCUUCAAGGAAGCAGUGAUGUUAGGUUUGCUGGGAAGCAAGGAUAUGAGUCAUCACUUGUUAAAGCCAUGAUAAGGGUGUUUGCUCCUUAUUUUGUGAUUGGAAUAUUCUUCGUGCUGCUCAAAGAUGUCUUGCUUUUCAUUCAGCCAUACCUCCUCAGGUAAGUUACUGUGAUCAUUCUAACAGAACAUUAUUUUACAACCAAAACUGAGUUAACAGUAGGAGAACACAUACAGUAGCACUAGUGAUAUGUGCUCCCCUACCUGGGAAACACAUAUCACUAGAGAAAUGUGUUUUCCAGUUAGGGGAACACAUAUCACUAGGGAUGUCUGUUCUCUUACCAGGAACACGUGAUGAGUAAUUCUCAGGUGGGGGAACACAUAUCACUAGGGAUAUGUGUUUCCCAGGGCAUGUUUGGAGCUGUUGUAUGGCAGGUGUGAUAGUCACUAGGGAUAUGUUGUUUUCCCAGGUCCAGGCGUGUUUGCUGAGUUCAGUGGAGUUUCUGUUCUUUGCAUAAUCGCUAUCUUGGGAUAUGUGUUUCCCCGAGUGACAGUAGCUUGGUAGAUGACAGAGGCUGAAGGCACAUAUCACUUUCUCAUGUAGGGAUAUGUUUUUUCCGUCCCCAUACGUAUACUCGUCUACUUUAUGUAUUGAACCCAAACCUCUUAUCACUAGGGAUAUCACUAGGGAUAUGUGUUUCCCAGGUAUGGGAACCCAUAUCACUAGGGAUAUGUGUUUCCUAGGUAAGGGAUCCCAUAUCACUAGGGAUACGUGUUUCCCAUUUGGGGGAACACACAUUACUAGGAAUAUGUGUUUUUCAGGUGGGGGAACACAUAUCACUAGGGAUACAUGUUUUCCAGGUGGCGCAACCCAUAUCACUAGGGAUAUGUGUUUCCCAGGUAAGGGAACCCAUAUCACUAGGGAUAUGUGUUUCCCACUUGGGGGAACACAUAUCACUAGGGAUACGUGUUUCCCAGGUGGGGGAACCCAUAUCACUAGGCAUAUGUGUUUCCCAGGUGGGGGAACAUAUAUUACUAGGGAUACGUGUUUCCCAGGUGGGGAAACACAUAUCACUAGGGAUACAUGUUUCCAAGGUGGGGGAACACAUAUCACUAGGGAUAUGUGUUUCCCAGGUAAGGGAACCCAUAUCACUAGGGAUACGUGUUUCCCAGGUGGGGGAACCCAUAUCACUAGGGAUAUGUGUUUCCCAGGUAAGGGAACACAUAUCACAAGGGAUAUGUGUUUCCCAGGUAAGGGAACCCAUAUCGCUAGGGAUACUAGUUCCCAGAUGGGGGAACACAUAUCACUAGGGAUAUGUGUUUCCCACUUGGGGGAACAGAUAUCACAAGGGAUACGUGUUUCCCAGGUGGGGGAACCCAUAUCACUAGGGAUAUGUGUUUCCCAGGUGGGGGAACACAUAUCACUAGGGAUAUGUGUUUCCCAGGUGGGGGAACCCAUAUCACUAAGGAUAUGUGUUUCCCAGGUAAGGAAACCCAUAUCACUAGGGAUAUGUGUUUCCCAGGUGGGGAAGCACAUAUCACUAGGGAUAUGUGUUUCGCUGGUGGGGGAACCCAUAUCACUAGGGAUAUGUGUUUCCCAGCUGGGGGAGCAGAUAUCGCUAGGGAUAUGUGUUUCUGAGGUGGGGGAACACAUAUCACUAGGGAUAUGUGUUCCCCAGGUAAGGGAACCCAUAUCAGUAGGGAUACGUGUUUCUCAGGUGGGAAAACACAUAUCACUAGGGAUAUGUGUUUCCGAGGUGGGGGAAGACACUUCACUAGGGAUAUGUGUUUCCCACGUAUGGGAACCCAUAUCACUAUAGCCUGCGUAGCAUGGCGGUUUUGGUUGGGCGCGCUAAGUAAUAAAGGCGGGCGAGGGCAGAGAAACCGCGAGGAGUUUGGGGCGGAAGCAACUUGAAAAACCGCCUGCACGGACGGGGGGCUUUCAUGAGUCGGUCCGUACGCCAGCGUACGGAUCGUUCCGAUUGGUUGGGAAUGUUCACCUGUCAAUCAAAUAUUUUGGUAAUCUCCCAUGGGAGAGUUUCGAGGGACUGAACAAAUCAUCUCCGCAAAACAAAAUCAAAAUAUCAAAGAAGCGUUGACCGGAGCUUCGUCGAUCUUGAAUAUUUGACGGGAAAACAGGGCAAUUGUAUUGAAGCCUAAACAGGAAAUGGCCAUUUACAGUCUUCUUCAAAGGAGAGAUGUCAUGGAAAUUUUGUCAACAAGAUUUGGCAAGAGCAUGAUCUUUACUGUCUUUGCUAUGGCCAAAGAAGAAAUAUCCUCAUCGAAAAGCUGUAUGAUCACAAUUUCCCCUCUAAAAAGUACUAUAGACGACCAGAUAUCUGAAAUGUUGUCACUGAGCUGUAAAGCAAUGGACCUUAUGACAGAAACAGUAAAUUUCAGUGCUUCGAGAAAGUUCACCUCAAUUUUCGCUUAAGUUUAAGCUACAACUCAAAUCUAAAGAUCGGAUACAAAAAUACAACAUCCUGCAAACAACACUCACUAAAACACUCACGGGAUAUGUUUGUUUCCCAGGUCGGAAAAGACCAAAGAAACUAAAAUAUUUAUUUAGCCGUAAUAAAAAGAAAUUUGGUCAAAGGUACUUUACAACUGCAUCUGAGAUCAACAAAUCACUAACAUUAACCACAGGGGAUAUGUGUUUAAGAUCCCAGGUUUAAGGGAACCCAUAUCACUAGGGAUAUGUGUUUCCGAGGUGGGGGAACACAUAUCACUAAGGAUAUGUUUUUCCCAGGUAAGGGAACACAUGUCACUAGGGAUAUGUGUUUCCCAGGUAAGGGAACCCAUAUCACUGGGGAUAUGUGUUUUCCAGGUAAGGGAACACAUAUCACUAGGGAUAUGUGUUCCCGAGUAGGGAACGCUUAAUACUAGUAAGAUGUGUUCCCCUACUUAGGAAAACAUGUCACUAGAGAGAUGUUUUUCUCGGCCAUUAUACACUUCUCCUCUCAAGGGUGAAUCUCUCCAGAAUAAGGCAGUAACCAGAUGGACCAGCUCUGAUCUCCAGUUGUCUCAUGACUUAUUGUUUACUUUAUAUUGUUUAAUGUUUUACAGACUCCUGAUAGAAUACACUGAGGAUAAGGGAAAUGAUGCUGUUGCUUGGAAGGGAUAUGUUUAUGUAGUUUGUUUUUUAGUUGUCCAAGCAUUUCAAGUCUCAUUAACACAACAUUCACUUCACAUAUCAUUUACAUCAGCUAUGAGAGUGCAUUCAAGUAUUAUUGGUGCCGUGUAUAACAAGGUAAAGGCCACGCCCCUUGGUACAGGAAUGAUGAAAGUAAAUCACAGUAACACCCCCCCCCUUCCCCCGUCACAUGAUGGGAACUGCAUCUCUUGCUUCUUAAUUCUUGUUUCUUCCUGCAGGGGUCUGUGCUCCAUGAUGCUCUUAAUGCAGGACAUCCCUCGUUGGUAUUAUUUAUGUAACCAUGGUGUCCCCCUUCCCCUGCCCCUGGCUUAUAGGCUUUUUUAUGGAUACCCACUUCCUUUUGUAACAAUCUUGUCAAAUGAAAGCUUGCGCAGUUAGUUUAUCUCUUACAGAAGUCAGAACCUUUCCAACCAACAAGUCUGUUUAACCUUUUUCAUACAACUCAUCAGUGGUCCCAUUAAUACAAUUUUUACAGCAUUUUCAAAGAAAAUAUCGAGUGGUAAUGAAUUAUUCUUGUGCUCUUUGUAAGUUGCUUUAAAAUCUACAAAAGAUUUUUAUUGCAUUUGGGAGGAAAACUAUUGCAUAAUGUUCAAAGCACAGUGUUGUUAAUAAGUAAUAAAUUUCUGGAGGAUGGGUGAUAAGCGUUUCCUUCUGCUCUGAAAAUGUGCCAGAUUUUCCUCUUCCGUUCCUCUUUCAUUGCUUCAAGAAAUGGGACAUUACGUGGCUUAAUUAGAUGACAGAUAUUUCUCAGUGUCAAGGAGGAAAUGUUUAUGGAUACUUUAGGCCCUAGUAAGGGUAUUUUCUAUUGAUAAUUCUUUUUAUGACUGAAUCAUACCUUUUUUUACUUAGGCAAUGUGUCUGAGUCAUAUCUCGAGAAGACUUUCUACAGCAGGAGAGAUGGUUAACCUCAUGGCUGUAGAUGCACAAAAAGUGAUGCAACUUGUGCAGUCAUUUAAUCAGAUCUGGUCAGCCCCUUUCCAAAUCUGUGUCGCCAUUUACUUCCUUUAUGUAACAAUGGGUGUGGCCACCUUGGCUGGAGUGGGCGUGCUCCUAUUGUUAGUACCACUGAAUCUGCUUUUGGCUCGACUGGUUAGGAAUAUUCAGGUAAACCAUUUUAAACAUUGCAGGUCACUGCAUGUAUCCAAUCAUACCAGAGUCAAACAAUAAGAAUUUUGGUUUGAGCAUAUCCUUACAUGAAGGCACUUCCUCGAGCCUUUACUGACCCAUUCACAGGUGAUCAUUUUAAGCAUUGAGUUAAACUAAUUAACUUGUUCUCAGAAAAGGUUUUUCAAAUAUUAUUGCUUGUCUCAUGAGUAAGUUGUUAGCAAGUCUCCAUCAGGCAAGAGCUGACUGGUAAUAUAUCACCAAAGCUUAAUGUGUAUGAUUUCAACAACUGUUCUCCAGAUUAUUUUUGCUCAAUAUAUUUGCAGGUGAAGCAAUUGAAACACUCUGACGAACGUAUAAAGUUGAUGAAUGAAGUGCUCAGUGGUAUUAAGGUUUGACGAUAACCAUUAACUUUACUCUGUUAGGACUAGUAAUGUUCCAAAGGUUUUACAUUUCAUUGGCUGCUUUUAUCAUGAAAAGAACAAUGAAACAGAAACUGCUACUGAGCAUGGUCCUACUCUUUCUCCUCAUCAAAUGUAAAAGACGUAAUGAAGUGAACACUUCUGUGAUAAAUUUUUUGCUCUGCUCCAUUGCAAGUUGCCCAGUGAGUGGUUAGAAAUUCCUUUCUGCAACUUUUUAUGGUCGACCAAACUUUGUCUCUUUUACAAUGUAAUUUAUAUUAUUUAUGGCAAUCAACCAAACCACAAUCCAGGGCUUUGUAGAUUAAGGUAUUUUCAGUACAUACGCAGUUGUUUCAAGCUUGCACGUGUGUUUUGUAACUUUCUUGCUACCUACAUCUUCUUUUUCCAGGUACUUAAGUUGUAUGCGUGGGAGGAAUCAUUUAUUAACAAGAUAACAGAAAUAAGAAAUAAAGAGCUGCAUCAUCUCCGUCAAAGCUUGUACCUUAAUUCAGCCGUUGGCUUUACCUUCAUUUGUGCCCCAUUUCUGGUAGGAAGUAAUUUUGAUUGUGUUUUGCAUUUUGCUUGAGUCUCUUAUCUUGUAGUUGAUGUGAUCCCACUGUACUGAAAAGCCACAGAAUGUAUAUUUUACAUAUGUUCCUUAUUAUAGGCAAUCAAAUCAUUUUUUUUUGUCUUUGAUCUCUGUAGGUUUCUUUGGCCACGUUUGCUGUUUAUGUGUUAAUGGGAAAUGAGCUGACAGCUGCUAAAGCUUUUGUUGCAAUUUCCUUGUUCAAUAUUCUACGUUUUCCUCUUGCCAUGCUACCAAGAGUGGUGGUAAACUUUAUUCAGGUCAGUUAAGUGCCGUAGUAAGUUAGUGUAACUCCGUCAUUUAGUUAUAAGAGAGAAUUAGAGGGAAUUAACCCAAGAUCUUUACAUAGUAAACUUUGUUCCCUGGAGUGAGUUCUGAGUACAGGUUUAAUUGACAUAGCAUUUGCACUGACUUGGUGUAAGUACGCAAUCUGAAUGCACAAUUAAAUGUUAUGUGCAUACAAUGUACAGUGUACUGUUACUUAGGGCACUUUCCAAAAGUCCGAACUUUCCAGUCGGACUAUGGACGAACCAGUCAUUUUGACAAUGAAAAUUACAGUGAAACCUGUAUUAAGCGGACACCCUCGGGGAAUGCUGUAGUGUCCGCCUAAUACAGGUUUUGACAGAUAACGUCAUAUGAGGUGUCAAAUGCCAUUCAAAUGAACAGUGGAAAUGUUUAGAAUACUCCCAGAGACUAUGACGAUAUACGUUUGCAUUAAUUUCUUUUUUAAAGUGGACUAAUUGAUCAUAGUACCAUAAACAUGGAUUGCAACUCAAAUUUAAAGAAAUCAGAUGAGUGAAACAAGCUCUAUACAAACAAAACGAAAUAGAAAACAACACUGUACUGUGAAACUAAUCAAAUAAGUUCGUCAAGUCACGUUUUUUAAUGUAAAAAUCGAACAAUUUGUGGGUGGCAAUUCGAGGCAAUCUUUCGCAUUUCCGGUGUCUGGCAUGUUGGGUGGUGGAAUUUAAUUACAAGUGUCCGCUUAAUACAGGUUGGCAACAAUAGAAAUGACCAUUUCAGGUCCUUUUUAGGUGUCUGCGUCCGCUUAAUAGAAGUGUCCGCUUAAUAAAGGUUUCAUUUGAAGUAAAUAAGGGAAAUAAAUUUGGGGAUUUCGGCUACUAUCCGCUUAAUAGAGGGUGUCCGCUUAAUACAGGUUUCACUGUAAUAGGCUUUUUUCAAAAGUUUUUGCUUAAAAACCUUCUCCUUCAUGCUUGCUAUUUAGGAUUUGACUGAUCUGGCUGGAUAGUUUUGAUUAAAAUUGAAAUUCUCAUUAAAAUGGUUAUGGUCUGGCCAGUCAGUUCUGACAAAUAAAUGGAAAGUGCCUCAAGUAUUCAGAUUAAUGUAAUAAAGCCAAAACAAAUACUCAGACAAAUCACAAGAGAUGUCACAAACCAUGUGCUGGCAUUUAGUAUGAAAAACAAAUGCAUGCAACUUGCAAUUUUACUUCUGAUUGGUUGAGAAAUUGGCACCAGAUUUUCUUAGCCAUUCACACUCAAUACAAAACCAAAGUAAUUACAGCCAUUGUGGAUUCACAGUUGGGAGAAUUGUGCAGUAUUUAACAGAUGUAUAACAAAUAAUAAUGCAAUCGCCAGCCCAUUAGAACUCGCCAUUUUACUGCCAGUAUUUAUUUCCGACAUGAAGUUUCAUGUGUAUUGAACCAGAAAAGCUCUCACAGCUAGCUCCUUAAUAUGUUUGCUUUGUUUUGUUGUUUUUUGGCUGAAUUUUCCGCAGGCUCAAGUUUCAGUCCAUCGCCUUGAGGAGUUUUUGAAGCUAGGUGAAAUACAACCUGAUAACGUCAUACGGAACAUGCCUUCACAUCGUAAGUUUCAAUGAGGUCAUCAAUUACUUGGAGAAAAUCAUCUGUUGUUGUCUGCCUUACCUAUUAACAUCUCGAUUCUUCAUUUCCCAAGAGUACUGUAAUAUUCAGCAUAAUAAACAGUCACAGGAAAGUACUGCUCAGUAUCUUUCAUUUGAUGGUGACACUUAAGGAUUUCAUCCACAGACUCAAAAGUUAGAUUUACUAUGUACAGUGUAAUAAACAGUACCACGGGAAAGUACUGCUCAGUAGCUUUCAUUUUCAUUUUCAAACUUAGAUCCACCUUUUACAGCAUAAUGAACAGUACCACAGGAAAGUACUGCUCAGUAACUUUCACUUGCGUGUUUACACAUUACAAUCUGAUCCACAGACUCCAAAGAAUAACCCACAGUCCUUUUACCGGAAAUUUAAAAAAUCACCACCAAAGGUAUCUUGUUGCAGGAUCCAGUAUUUGAUUGGUCGUAGCCAGCUUAGUGGCUGUUAUAAACUUUGACGUUAAGGGUGGGGCCACUGUGGAAAAAUUAGUUCUCCAUCCUGCAGGCCUCGGUUUGGUAUAUAGCAAGGAAACUGGGCCCCGGGGCUUUUCCUCUAGAGCUGCCUUUGAUCCUUACCAAUAUGAUUCAUUCGCAAAUCUCUGUCACAUCAUCAGUGUGUUUCUUGUAUCAGUAGGCACCAACAUUGCAAUUCUCAUUGAAAAUGGCACGUAUUGCUGGGAGAGAAACAAAGACAUUCCUGUCUUAAAAGGGUAGGUGAAAAAAAGCCUCUCAUACUCUUAACUUAAUGUUUCUUUUGUCAUUUGCUUUGAUGGUUACUUUAUCGUUUAUUUCUGUUAUUUUCGACAGCAUUAAUGUAAACAUCUCCAGUGGUUCGCUUGUGGCAGUAGUUGGUCAAAUUGGCUGUGGAAAAUCUACUUUGCUGUCCGCAAUACUUGGAGAAACCGAGAAAACAGACGGCCUUGUUUAUAUUAAGGUUUGUUUAUUUAAAGAAUUCUGAUGAAAACAGUAAAAUAGUUACUUAGAGUCACUUUAUGUUUUUCUUGAUUAAUCUUUGAAACGGUACAAAAGUGUUUGAGUACUGUCUUUCCCCGAUUAAUUGCGAGGGCGAUUAUUUCAAAUAUUGUUUAUUGGAAGUCGCACCCUAAAUAGUUUGUUUCAUCAUCCCGUUAAAUGAAAAAAAUAAUGACCUCAAAUAAACCAAACAUGGGCUUUUUAAGUGCUCCAAAUUUUGUUUCUUGAGUAAUUCAAUUAAGUUCAGUUUAUUUUCUUUCAAUAUUUUAACUAAUGCUAAGUUACAACAUUAAUCUAGUAGAUUGUUGUUUAAACUAUAAACGUUUCAAUUGAGUUCAUAUUUAAGUUUGAGUAUGAUGGCCAAGUGAACCAUUCAGUGGUUUGGUUUUUCAAUAUCAAUAUCUUUGGCGUCGGAGCUUGAAUCGUCACUGAUCAGACUCCACUUCAGCUUCAUGCUCCAUAUUCCCUCGGCCUCCAGGAGGUAUUAGGAAACUUAAGCAACGACGACCGCGACGUCAACAAGAACGGCAAAAAAGCAAUACGUUUAGAUUGGCAAAACAACGACUCUGCACGUGCAUCACGCUUUUUUGUACGUUUCUUUGCCGUCACUACACUACUACGACGUGAAAAUGCCUAUUUUCACGUUUUGUGGAGGACGUGAACGCAAGACCACGACUUUCUCUUUCUUCUCCUGAACUUCGAUACAGUCUCUAAGAAUUGAACUCCAGAAAAACAUUGCCAACAUUUGACGAACUGAGCGAGAUGGAGUAAGCGCGAUAAAGUUUGAAGCAGCGCGACUUCACUUUUUAAGUGACGUUUUUGGUAGCCGUCAACGUCGUUGUUGCUUAAGCUCCCUAUUCGGGUGGAGGGGGGGGGGGGCAGUUAUUUGAGGGAAGCGAUUAUUUUAAAUAUUUACGUCAAAGAGAGGCGAUUAAUCGAGGGGCGGCUAUUACUUGAGGAAAUACAGUAAAUGGGUUUCAUUUCGUGUUGAUCAAGGUAAAGAAUCUGGUGACCUUUUCUGUUUUCUCUGAAGUACGGUAAUCAGCUAAUUUGCUUAAUCACAUGUCUGUUUCUCGUAACUCUACAGGGAAGCACCGCUUACGUUCCUCAACAGCCAUGGAUCCAGAAUGCAACGCUGCAAGAAAAUGUACUGUUCGGACAAUCACAUAAUCCACAACGCUACGAUCACGUGAUAAGGGCGUGCGCUCUUACUCCUGAUAUUGAUAUACUUCCCGCUGGGGAUCUAACUGAAAUCGGUGAAAAGGUGAGAAAUUUACUGACCUUAACCGAAUGAGAAAGUGACUAUUUCUCGCGCUGCUUGUUUGUAUUUCGUCUAACUGUAGAAUAAUACAUACGGUGCUUUUGUCUUUAAGGGUAUUAACCUUAGUGGAGGACAGAAACAGCGAGUGAGCUUGGCUCGUUCAGUGUAUUUUGAUGCUGAUAUCUAUCUGUUGGAUGAUCCACUCAGUGCCGUAGAUUCACAUGUAGGAAAACACAUCUUUGAUCACGUGAUUGGACCCCAGGGAUUACUGAAGGAAAAGGUACCAACAGACAUCUCCUAAAUAAGACGGAAAAUAGUUGCUGUUAGUACACUGUAACUUGCAGCAUACGCUGUAUGCCGCCGCACUUGCUUGAUGCGGAAUGUAUUUUUUCCAUUCAAUAACUCACUGGCAAUUAUCUUUCAAACCUGUUUUCAUCUCAAACUAACGGUUUAGAGUAAUGCUGUGGUGCUGAUCAGUAACAUCUGUCACUGAAAGAUGUUGUGAUAUUUGUUGCUGAGUAGUGAUGUUAUUAUUUCAUUUCAGACUCGUGUUCUUGUGACACACGCUGUGCAGUAUUUACCACAUAUGGACCAGAUCAUUGUACUUCAGGAUGGUGUAAUCUCAGAGGUAUAUGCUUGUUAUAAGAGUUUUCAGUCUACCCCACCCCACCUCCUCUUUCCAUAAAUAAAGAAUUCGUUUCACUUUAGAUUGUGCCGUAUUAUCAAGAAAGUUUGCUCUUUUGUACCAUGCUUACGGUGUGAACAGGAUGUAAUUUGUGAAGAACAGAGUAACAUCGUGUGGUCUGCAAUGGGAAAGAGGUCAAUUGAUAUGAACCGUCCUCUUCUACUAUCCAACAUGACAAACUUUCUGUAAGGUUGGUUUAGCGUAUUGUAUCUUAUACGUAACUUAAGCUGUGCUGUACCCGCAGGUUGGAACGUAUGAGGAACUUAAAUCAUCCCAUGGCUGGUUUGCGGAAUUUCUUGACUCCUACGCCAUUGAAAAUGAUUGCCAUGACAGCACUAAAAGUAAGUAAUUUUACUUGUGGAAACCGAGAGCAAAAGAAAGAGAGGUUACUUAGUUAAGGCGAACCAAAGACCCUGUGAAAGCAGGAAUAAAUACAGAAGAGCUAAAUACCCACAAAUAACUUGUUGUAUUAAAAACUUAAAACCCAACUCAAAAUCAAUGCUUGCCGAUUUGAACUGGCCUUCACUGCAGUCAAGGCGCAGGAUAUGCGGUCUCCGCAUGUUUUAUAAAAUACCUAGAGGUCCAGCUAGUCAACAUCUCCCUUCCAUAAGACCUCAUCUCCGUACAAGGGCCAGUCAUGCCUUUAAGAUCAGACUUCCAUCCUCUUCAGUUGGCGCUUACAAACACUCUUAUUAUGCAAGAUCAAUCCCCGUAUGGAACGCGUUGCCAGCUGCCGUCGUUAGUUUUUCAUCGUACCCAGAAUUCAUCAGAAGAGUGUGUCUACUAAUUUAACAUAAUAAUGUAAUUUACAUCGUUGUUUUUCAUUUGUUCUACUACCAUGUAAUUGAGCGACCGCUGGCCGCUCCAUUGCUGGAUUAGCAUUAUUUGUAAAGCUAGUGGCAAUUACCAUGAUUAAAGAUUAAAAAUGGUGCUACAUCCUUCCAAGGGCAAUCAUUUAAUCUAAUGUACAAAUUCCUCUGUCUUCAUAAAUGGCAAUGCUUAUCGCUAACUUCAGUUCUUGUUUGUAUGACAGUGAGAGGUCAGACCCGCCGGGAAGUUAGUGGCUCCAGUCCAUCGGCAGAAAUACCCAAUAAGCCCGCAUUCCAUCGGUCGGCCAGCUGUCAUCUCCCUGGCAACGUGCCUCAUCCACGUCACCAAGCUGCUACUUGUCACAGUGAAGUGAACUUAGAGAGACUUGCUGCUGACAAGCACACUGUAAAACAUUCCCCGAUUAAACAGUUACAACAGCUAGAAAGACAAGAGAGUUUCGCUAGUUUACUUUCGUUAAACCACCAACUAUCGUUAUGUGAAGGGAUGGACGCAAAUGAUUUGGUGGAGGAAGAAUUCUUGUUUGAUGACCGAGAAACAGAUGAAGGUGAUGGAAGGCAUCUACAAGUAAAGCCAUUACUGCAACAGCGGCAUAGUAUGGUCAGCGGUAUUUCUGUAAAUAGUUUAUUGUCAAUGGUUGAGAAAGUUAAUCACGUGACUGAUACACAAGAAUGCCCUGGUAAUCCAGCAAUCUGUAUAACAGCUUCUGAAGACGGCCAAGGAGAAAGACAAAAUAUAGUUAGUAAAGAACAACUAGGAAAUAUGGAAUGUCCAACUAAAAUCAGAAAGGGAAGAAGCGAUACAGCAAGGACAACUUCAGAUGAAAGAUCUCAGGCUGGAACGGUAACUAGUUUAUUUGUAUCCUUACAAAGCUACAGCUUUCUAUUGUACUUGCCGUCUUAACUACCAUAUCUAAAUUUUCCGGUCCAGAAAAGUUUAUGUGGAGAAAACUUGUCCCUUGCCUCUUCAAGCUACCCUGGGCGCCGAGCUAUCUAUUCCCACAUUUUCUUACAAAACUUGGCGAACGAUUUGCAUGAGAAACAAAUAGUUGGCAAGGCUAGAAGGAUGAUCCACCUAGCCGGGCCAACUUGGUUAAGGUCUAGGCAAUCAGAGCAUUCACGAGUACUGUAGGAACUUGUAGGGCAGGGGUCAACCUUAUUCUCAUAUAAACACUCGCCAACGUUAACUCGGAUGGAAGGGAAACCCUCUUUCCGGGAACAAUUAUUCUCCUAAAAAACGGCUUAGGCCUGGGAGAGGUUCUUGUCUUUUCAUAUAUGAACCUGCUUAUCAACGGAUUUUUAGUUACCAUUCCCUUGACAGUAAAAUAUUCAUUUAAAAAGUUUUUAUAAAUGAAAGUAGUGGUUUUCUGUUUGGGAUUGUAUUUCUAUCUAAUCUGGUCAAUUAACUGUUUGUUUGUUCCUUUCUUUCUUUUGAGGUUAAAACUUCUGUUAUAGUUGCAUACAUCAGCAGCCUUGGAGUUCUGUGUUUCAUUCUUGUUCUCGUAUGUGGCAUUGGUGCAGAAUCAUCUCUUAUCGCUUCACGUAUAUGGUUAGCAAAAUGGAGUUCCACCAAUGUCACAACACCACAGCAGCGUGACACCUUCCUUGGCGUGUAUGGUGCUUUGGGAGUGGGCCAGCUUCUUCUUAUCACCACUAUGAACCUACUUCUAGCUUACAGUUCAGUGAAAUCUGCUACCAAUUUCCAUCAAGGACUUCUUAUUAACAUAAUGCACCUUCCCAUGCAAUUCUUUGAGAGCACGCCAUUGGGAAGGAUUGUAAAUCGCUUUUCAAAAGACAUUAAUUCCGUUGAUGAUAAGCUUCCACCUAUUCUGGGUCGAUUUUUAAGAACACUACUGGCUACGCUUGGCACUAUUUGUGUGAUUAGCUAUUCCACGCCGUUGUUUCUCACGUGUGUUGUGCCUUUGAUUGUUCUAUACAUUUUUAUUCAGGUACGUUACGAGGGGCUUGUGGAUUAUAGUUUAAAUACGCUUUAUGCUAUAAUUAUAACCUAUCUCAGUGGUGGAUUCUACCCUCGUUGUCAAAAACGGCUCCAACAAAGGGUCCUGUUAAAAGAUUUACUUUAACAUUCUGGAGCAAUGAUGGUGAAUCUUUGUUUAUAGGAUUGCAAAAGAGGACAGCUCGUAUUUAAUUUUUUAUGAAUAGCCAUGAGUGAAUUUCGUAACUGAGUUCGUAACAAGCACCUGACCAUACAUUGUGUUAACUGCCCGCACAUUUUUAAAACAAACCUGUGAAAAAUAAGUACACCAACUUAAAUAUUGUAGGCUAUGUAUUGCAAAGGUAACAACAGAGGAGGUAUUGCGGAUGCAAAUGGUAAUGCCUUUCAAACCCCCAUAUAUCGCAUAUACAAAUGUCCAUUAUUGUUUAGUUACCUUGAUUUAGCUCGGCGUAGUUUCAGUCCACCGGCUAAAUAAGACUUAAAGCGUUUUUCAUUUGUCAGAACUGGCCGGCCGGACCAUUGCCCGACCAGUCAGUUAGCAAAUGAAAUCGGCUUAGCAAAUGAAAGGGUUUUUGCAGAAAAACCAUCUCCUUGGUGUAUACUAUUUAGGAUUUGACUGAUGUGUUUGGAUAGUUUUGAUUUAAAGUGAAAUUUCCAAUACGACCGGAACGGUCUGGCCAGUCAGUUCUGACAAAUGGAAAGCGUCCUUUAGUAACCUUACUGCGUAGAUUACUAUAAUGUAUAUGGUAAAUUAAUCGAGUGAAUGAUUAUAUGUAAUUGAUUUUUCAGAGAUUUUAUGUGUCUACAUCACGCCAACUCAGGAGAAUUGAGUCAGUGAGCCGUUCACCGAUAUAUAGUCAUUUUUUUGAAACCAUCAGUGGUACCAGCACAAUAAGGGCCUAUUCACAACAGAAGAGGUUCAUCACGGAGAUUCAUCGGCGAGUAGAUAAGGCACAUUCGGCGCAUUACGCAUACAUAUGUGCGAACAGGUGAGUGACUUACUUAUAAGACCCAUCAGCAGUGUACGCCAUGUAUUAACUUGUUUUCGCUCAUUAACUUAUGUAAAGUGAUAGUAAAGGUGAAUUAUUUUUAUCGGCGUUUUUAGGUGAGCUUGUUCUGAAGGGUAGCUGCUUAGUACACGUUCUGGUUGUCGUUGCACUGUUGUCCUCCCUCGCCCCAUUUCCCCACAGGUCUGCCCCCUUCACACAAUUCUCCUCCGGUUUAGGUCAAAUUAGUUUGCUUGUAUCUGUUGCAGGUGGCUAGCUCUACGGCUGGAGUUUAUUGGUGCUGCAAUCUUGUUCUUUGCUUCAUUAUUUGCUGUUAUUGCAAGGGAAACCAUUGCACCUGGUCUUGUUGGGUUGUCUGUGGCAUAUGCAUUACAGGUAGAUACUUACUCAGCUCUUUUUGCAUCCACCUCCGAUAAUUUGGUAACGUUAAUAUUUCCCACUUUAUAGUUUUCCACACUAUCCUUCCCAUUUACCUCUUCCAUUAAUUAGUGUUAGGCACUUCUUGUAGAUUGCGUGAUAUGAAUGAGAUUGAUAAACAUAGGUUGCUUUCUCAUCAACAACCUUAAAUACACGGCUUCAGUUAAUGUCAAGUUUUAACCCAUGGUAUAAAGGCAAUGGUCCAGGGUGUGGCACAUCUAAAAGGCUGCCGCGAUUGGACGAAUCCUAUCAUUGCUACAAACGUGUGCACCUGUGAACAUGCGUUUUUACUGGCUUAUCAUGAAAAGAAUUUUACUGAGGCAAGCUGCAGUUAAGAAUUCUGAUGUGACAGCAGCUAACAUCCUGAACUUGUAGCUAACGUUCGUGUUUGUUCUCAGAUCACUGGCUCAUUAAACUGGUUGGUGAGAUCGACCUGUGAAAUGGAAACGAAUAUUGUUUCAGUGGAAAGAAUCAAAGAAUAUACAGCUAUUGACAGAGAGGUACGUAAAUACAUGGCAUCUUAUAAUCCUUAAAAACAGCAUUUUGUAAUUUGAGACUAGUGGAUCCUGUGAAUUUCAUGCCAAGUGAAUUUUUGAUAGCCACGGAACACAACAGUCCUGUAUGUUACAAAAAUCGCUUCUAAACGUCUGCGCAUGUCGCGUGCGCAGUUUUGGUUUUCUCGUUUAUUAUUAUUAUCAUUAUGAUAAAUAUCUUUUACUGUCUUUGUGUGAGAUUAAUUAAUCAAGCCGAGGUGGUGAGUUUACUUGCUCUUUGCAAGACGAAGCAGCUAUGGUCAUCUUUUCUAAUUGUUUUUUGACAGGCUGAUUGGGUAAUUCCAACUAUGCGUCCCGCCGACGAAUGGCCCCAUCAAGGAAGGAUAGUUAUGGAAAAUGUUGAUGUGCGCUACAGAGAAAAUCUGCCUUUAGUGCUGAAAGGCAUCAACUGUGCCAUAGCAACAAGAGAGAAGGUAAAAAGCGGUACACAUCAAAGAAAGUUUAUCUUCACAAUUAUAGAAGUGACACACGAAAAACCAAGAUUUAGUUAGUAUGAAAGACACUUUUUUCUUUGGUUUUGCCUUGAUCUGAAUGGCUAAUAUUCAAAGGUUUAAAAUUGCUCAUUAACUGGAUGUGGUCAGGGAGCUUUUGGCAACUGAACCACAUUACUUCUUUGCUGUCUGUUUGGUGUGCGCUGUCACAUUUUAAGUUUUUAUUUUGUUUUUGUAGAUCGGUAUUGUGGGUCGCACUGGGGCUGGCAAGUCUUCACUGACUUUGGCCUUGUUCCGUAUUCUGGAGAGAGCUGGAGGAAGGAUUAUUAUUGAUGACAUUGACAUUGCUAAAAUUGGACUCCAUCAUCUGCGCUCAAGACUCACCAUAAUUCCCCAGGUAGUAACAUGUAGGCACGUGUAGCGUGCAGAGGUUUUUUUGAAUUAUUUUAGCGGAGCUCCACAGCUGUUAAAACAGGGUAUCAGCUGACAAGUAUCAAAUGACCGUAUCUCGGGCUCAGGUGUCAACCCAUCGAGGUUACGUCUUUUUUUAAAAAUUUACCGCCGACAAGUUUCUAGUUUUUUCUUUAGUGCAAUGUUUUUUUAACAGGUGCUUCGUCUUAAGCCUCGGCUAAAUCUAUAUAUUAUCUAAUGAGGUAGAAUCUGAAGGCUCGGCCGUGUUCUGCUCUGUUUCACAGGGUUCGUACAGGUCAUGGAAAACCUAGAAAGUCGUAGAAUUUAAGAAUUUCAUUUUCAAGGCCUGGAAAGUCACUGAAUUUAAUUUUCGGUCCUUAAAAGUCAUGGAAAAUUAAAGUUUUCACCUUUGUGUGGUAGAUUAGUAAUACUACAGAUGACAAAGCAAGGAUAACGUAAGAUAAAGAGGAGUAAUUAAACAGCGCGAACGGCACGCAUUUUGGUCGAUACCAGAGUUUGUUUCUGUUCUGUUUCUGUUGAACUGUUUAAGGGCCAAAAAUAUGCUAAAACAGGUAAAGUUUUCAAAAUUUUCGAAAGUGACAGCUAAACCUAAGGACAUGGAAAAGUAGAAAAGGUCAUGGAAAAAGUCAUGGAAUUUGAAGAACUCAAAAAAGUACGAACCCUGUUUCAUGAGACGCUGAUUAGACAUUCUUUUGAUUACUCAUGAGUAUUUGAAUUGAGUAUGAGAACUUUCGUAUAUCACUAACACUAAGAAAACAGUGAUGUUAUGAAAGAGAUUAUUUUUGAGGAAGCGAACGAUCGCUGUUUAUGCUACAGUCUGCUAAUAUCUAUAUUAUCUAUUCACUUACGUCAGAGAUCUCAUCUAUUUACUUUGUCAUUUGACAUUUUAAUUAUCCGAACCGUACCUUCUUCAUUCGAUCUUAGAAGCUUGUUCACUCAGUAUGUAUUUUGUGUGAAUUGUUGUUCUCCCAGGACCCUGUGCUAUUUUCUGGAACUUUUCGUUUGAACCUGGAUCCAUUCAAUAAUUACUCAGACGAGGAAUUGUGGAACGUUGUGGAGGUUACCCAGCUAAAGACCUUUAUAACGGCUCAUGAUAAAGGCCUUCACUUGCCUAUCCUUGAGGGUGGCGAAAAUAUGAGGUAAGUCCACACUAACUUUUUGAUUAAUUUUUGUGAAGGGGGCCAUUUGCCAUCGCCAAAAAAUCUGUAUAUGGGAUAGUUACUUUAUUAUUGUCCCAUGGUCAUGCUAAAAGUGUCGAUGAUGUCAAUAUAUUGAGCAAAACCAAUUUCAACUGCUGUAAACAUCACCAAGAGCGGAAUAGCGUAGACAAAGCGUAGGCAGUGUUACCGAACAAUGUUCGCUCCUUGUUUACAGCAUUGGUCAGCGACAGUUGGUAUGUUUAGCACGUGCGUUGCUUCGUAGAAGUAAAAUCCUUGUUCUUGAUGAAGCCACAGCCGCGGUGGACCUGGAAACUGAUGAACUUAUUCAACAAACGAUUCGGCGGGAGUUUGCUGACCGCACGGUUCUCACUAUUGCUCACAGGCUCAACACCAUCAUGGAUUACGAUCGGUAAGAGAAGUUACCGUUAAUACUGGUUAUGUAGUUCUUUGUCUUAUGUUCUUUACACCUCUCACUUAUAGUAUAGUUUUUCGACCUUUGCAACUUUCCGUACUGAGUUGGAACGCUUUCUGUCCUCCUCCCCGUCCGCCCCAAACAUUUUAUCAUGUCUCUGCUGCGGUUUUUUGUUUUUCAGGGUGAUGGUCCUUAAGGAGGGAUCAGUAGCGGAAUUUGAUUCACCGUCAAAGUUGCUAUCACGUAAAGGAUUAUUUUACUUGAUGGCCAAAGAUGCUGGUCUAGUGUAACAAACAGGUUCUCGAAAGUCCUUGGAAGAAAGCAAGAGCAGUCGUGUGAUGCACACCAGUAAAGAAAUGACUCGACAAUCAGUCAAUAAAAGUGUCGAAAGCGAUCCAUAGCCAUUUGAUAUGUGCAAUAUGUUAUAAUGCAUAUGUCGCGAUGUCCUGUCGACCGUCGUGGCACCGUUUCUACAUAUAAGUUACAAACUAAACGUCGCUUUAAAGCGAUCCAUCAUGUUGGUCCAUCCUCAUUUAACAUUACACAUCAAGCAUUGUUGAAAGUAGCAACAACAACACAAACAAAGAACAAACACAAAAACAAAUACAUAAAUAAAUAAUUUUAAUAUAAGAAAUAAUAGUCGUAAUAUUACUAAUAACAAUUUAUAUCGCACGAAUUUCAUAAGCAUGCAAGAUGAAUUACGCUGUACAAAGAUAAGGGUAAGAAAGUAGAUAAAAGGCACCAAUCUUCUUCUUAGCGUGGUGGUUGCGGUUUUUAACUGCGUUUAUCAGUAGCAAAGGUUGAACCAAGGUAGUCCAUAGUUUUGCUCAAAAAAUAGCAAUUUCUCCAUGUUUUUAUUUUAGGCAAAAUAGGGCAGGAAAAUAUUUCACGAUUUUCUACAAAGAAAAAACGAAUUUCUCGGCAAU